CACAACUGUCAGUGUCAAAACAAGCAACAGUAAAAUAGUAAUCCAAAAAAAGUACAAGUAACUGCAACUUGUUCUGUGCUGCUGUGUAUAUAGUUAUGUGCUGUGCUGUGCAUCAGAGUUGAGAAGCGUAGUGAAUUCUCUUUUCAAAUAAUUAGUAAAACGCGUACGCGUACCCGAGAGAUACUUUUAAUGAGACUGUUUCAUCUAUAAUAGAACGGAAAGUGCGUGGUUGGCUCAGCGGAGUUAUUGAAGAUAUGAGGCGCAGCAGUCCAGUACAACAAUGGCUAGAUUCACUGCCAGCAGAUACUGAAGUUGAAGAGAAACAAGUUGAAGACCAGGCAGAAAAUACACAAUCUGAUGAAAACAAAGCAGAAAAUUCUGUAACUGACAACACAGUGGUGGAAGUGAGUAAUGUGGAACUAAAAGAUGAUAAAAACUUAGAUGUUCCAACACAAAAAGAAAUAUGGAAGAGGAAAUCUUUGGAGAGUGGUAUGCUUACGAGUACACCAAAUAAUAGAAGUGUUAAGAAAAAACUGCAGCGGGAUCACUCAGUUCAGUCAGAAGGAUGCGUACCUAGAUUUAAGAAUCCAUUGCUCAGAGAUCACUCUUUACAGUCAGAUGCAAGUGGAUCUAGCAGCAGUUCAGUGCUCAAUGUGCUUGGGGCCAGGAAAGUAGAUGCUGAAUCAGUACUAUUGGCACUUGGCUUUGGCCCCAGUGAAAAACAACAAAAGUUACAGAGGAUACCAGAUCGCUUCCUAGUACCUUCUAAGUUAAAAGGCAUAAGCACUGAGAAAUUCAUAAAGGAUGAACAGCUUUCAAUGCGCAUGCACGACUGUGGUAUAUUCGGAUAUAGAGGUCUUACAGGGAAUCCCCAUGUACCACCAUCGACAAUUGUAGCUAAGAUAAUGGAGUGUAUCCUGCACGACAACGUGUGUCGCGAGGAGGCGCUGAUGAAGGCGCGACACUCGAUUGCGGACUUGCGCGGUGCCCCGGCGCUGCACGCACAACUCGCCCGCGCAGCAUUCAACAGACAGACCACAAACUAGGCACUUUUACUUAUAUCACCCCAUUACUUAAUUUUUUUUUUCAUAUAUUGAUCCUUAUCUUUGGACGUAAUUGUAAUUUUAAAGGUUCAAAAGGGACUCUUAUACGAUUUUGUGGGUUGAAAAUCUAAGAUAGAAUUGACUUAAGUAAUCUGUCGA